CAUGAUCAACGGUUAUUGACCAUUCAUGAAUUAAUAUUAGUAUAAUAAUUAAUAUAUAUAAUAUAAUAUAUAAGAUAUAUAAUAUAUAUAUAUAUAUAUAUAUAUAUAUAAUAUAAUAUAAUAUUAAUGACUAUUAAUCAAUUAACAAUUAUUAAGGAAUGAUAACGGUUAUUGAUCAUUCAUUAAUAUUAAUAUGAUAAUAUUAACGAUUAUUAAUUAAUUAUUCAUUAUUAAUUGACGACCGGCACGAUUAAUUCACAGGCCGACAUGCUUCACGCCGAGACGGAGCUGGCGGCCGAGAAGAAGUCAUUGAUCGUUCACGAGUUAACACUAAUACAAUAAUGAAUAUUCAUAUGAACGAUUAUUAUCAAUUAUUAUUUAUAAUUAUUAAUCAUUAAUUACCAAUUAACAGGCCGACAUGCUUGACGCCGAGACGGAGCCGGUGGCGGAGAAGAAGUGAUUGAUCAUUCAUGAAUUAAUAUUAAUAUAAUAAUGAAUAUUCAUAUUAAUGAUUAUUAAUGAAUCGAUAUUAAUAUAAUCAUAUUAAUAUCAACGAUUAUUAAUUAAGUAUUAAUUACUAAUUAACAGGCCGACAUGCUUCACGCCGAAACGGAGCUGGCGGCCGAGAGGAAGUCAUUGAUCAUUCAUAAAUUAAUAUUAAUACAAUAAUGAAUAUUAAUAUUAACGAUUAUUAAUUAAUUACUAAUUAUUAAUUAACAGGCCGACAUGCUUGACGCCGAGACGGAGCUGGCGGCCGAGAAGACGUCAUUGAUCGUUCACGAAUUAACACUAAUACAAUAAUGAAGAUUCAUAUGAACGAUUAUUAUUAAUGAUUAAUGAUUAAUUAUAAUUAUUAAUUAUUAAUUAUUAAUUCCUAAUUAACAGGCCGACAUGCUUCACGCCGAGACGGAGCUGGUGGCCGAGAAGAAGUUCCGGGACAACUCCCUCAGCGCCCAGAAGAAGCAGAUCGAGAGGAUCCGGGCCAAAGACGCCACCGAGCGCCGGCGCCGGACCCUGGUGAGGCGGCGCCGGGAAACGUAGCGCGCGGCGCCCGCUUCGGCCCCGCGUCCGCUCUAACCACUGCGCUCUCCUCCCUCCAGCAAGGCCGGCGGGACAUGGACUUCCCUUCCCUGAUGGGCCGCGAAGGGACGAGAGGUAAGGGAAGCGGGAGUCGUAGCGCGCGGCGCCCGGUCGGCGCCCGGGAGUUGUAGCGCGUGGCGCCCAGUAAGCCAACAUUGACAUGAACUUCCCCUCCCUUAAGGGGGAAUGAGAGGCGAGCGAGGGGCACCGCUUGGGAGUUGUAGUGCGUGGCGCCCGGUCGCCGUCUGGGAGUUGUAGCGCGCGGCGCCCAGUUAGCCCCAUGAACUUAGACAUGAACUUCCCCUCCCUAAGGGGGAAUGAGAGGUGAGCAAGGGGCGCCACUUGGGGGUUGUAGCGCGCGGCGCCCGGUCGGCGCCUGGGAUCUGUAGCGCGCGGCGCCCAGUAUGCCCCUCUUGGCCAACAUGGCCGCCUUGACAUGAACUUCCCCUCCCUAAGGGGGUGAGAGGUGAGCAAAGGGCGCCACUUGGGAGUUGUAGCGCGCGGCGCCCGGUAGGCCCCUCUCGGCCAACAUUGACAUGAACUUCCCCUCCCUUAAGGGGAUGAGAGGGGAGCAAGGGGCACCGCUUGGGAGUUGUAGCGCGGGGAAUCCGGUUUGGGAGUUGUAGCGCGCGGCGCCCGGUCAGCGCCUGGGAUCUGUAGCGCGCGUCGCCCAGUACGCCCCUCUUGGCCAACAUGGCCGCCUUGACAUGAACUUCCCCUCCCUAAGGGGGUGAGAGGGGAGCAAGGGGCGCCACUUGGGAGUUGUAGCGCGGGGAGUCCGACUUGGGAGUUGUAGCGCGGCGCCCGGUCACCUCCUGAGAGUUGUAGCACGCGGCACCCGGUCCCGCUUGGGAGUUGUAGCGCGCGGAAGUCCGACUUGGGAGUUGUAGCGCGCGGCGCCCGGUCCCCUCCUGGGAGUUGUAGCGCCCGGCGCCCGGUCCCCAUUACCUUAUGGGAGGCAAGCAAGGGCCGCUGCUUGUCCCGCUUGGGAGUUGUAGCGCGCGGGAGUCCGACUUGGGAGUUGUAGCGCGCGGCGCCCGGUCCCCUCCUGGGAGCUGUAGCGCGCGGCGCCCGGUCCCCAUUACCUUAUGGAAGCAAGCAAGGGCCGCUGCUUGUCCCGCUUGGGAGUUGUAGCGCGCGGGAGUCCGACUUGGGAGUUGUAGCGUGCGGCGCCCGGUCACCUGAGAGUUGUAGCGUGCGGCGCCCGGUCCCCUCCUGGGAGUUGUAGCGUGCGGCGCCCGGUCCCCUCUUGAGAGUUGUAGCGUGCGGCGCCCGGUCCCCUCCUGAGAGUUGUAGCAUGCGGCGCCCGGUCACCUGAGAGUUGUAGCGUGCGGCGCCCGGGCCCCUCUUGAGAGUUGUAGCACGCGGCGCCCGGUCCCAUCCUGCAAGUUGUAGCGUGCGGCGCCCGGUCCCCUCCUGAGAGUUGUAGCGCGGCGCCCGGUCCCCUCCUGAGAGUUGUAGCAAGCGGCGCCCGGUCCCCUCCUGUGAGUUGUAGCGUGCGGCGCCCGGUCCCCUCCUGGGAGUUGUAGCGUGCGGCGCCCGGUCCCCUCCUGAGAGUUGUAGCACGCGGCGCCCGGUCCCCUCCUGGGAGUUGUAGCACGCGGCGCCCGGUCCCCUCCUGAGAGUUGUAGCGCGCGGCGCCCGGUCCCCUCCUGAGAGUUGUCGCGCGCGGCGCCCGGUCCCCUCCUGAGAGUUGUAGCGUGCGGCGCCCGGUCCCCUCCUGAGAGUUGUCGCGCGGCGCCCGGUCCCCUCCUGAGAGUUGUAGCGCGGCGCCCGGUCCCCUCCUGAGAGUUGUAGCAAGCGGCGCCCGGUCCCCUCCUGUGAGUUGUAGCGUGCGGCGCCCGGUCCCCUCCUGGGAGUUGUAGCGUGCGGCGCCCGGUCCCCUCCUGGGAGUUGUAGCGUGCGGCGCCCGGUCCCCUCCUGAGAGUUGUAGCACGCGGCGCCCGGUCCCCUCCUGGGAGUUGUAGUGUGUGGCGCCCGGUCCCCUCCUGGGAGUUGUAGCACGCGGCGCCCGGUCCCCUCCUGAGAGUUGUAGCACGCGGCGCCCGGUCCCCUCCUGAGAGUUGUAGCACGCGGCACCCGGUCCCCUCCUGGGAGUUGUAGCGUGCGGCGCCCGGUCCCCCUCUCUCCCUACCUUAUGGGAGGUCAGCAAGGGCCGCCGCUCGUCCCGCUUGGGAGUUGUAGCGCGCGGGAGUGCGAGUUGGGAGUUGUAGCGCGCGGCGCCCGGUCCCCUCCUGAGAGUUGUAGCACGCGGCGCCCAGUCCCCUCCUGAGAGUUGUAGCACGCGGCGCCCGGUCCCCUCCUGGGAGUUGUAGCGUGCGGCGCCCGGCCCCUCCUGGGAGUUGUAGCGUGCGGCGCCCGGUCCCCUCCUGAGAGUUGUAGCGUGCUGUUGUACUUGGGAGUUGUAGCGCGCGGCGCCCGGUCACCUUUUUCUCUCUCGCACCAGGCGCCCGGCUGGAAGCUUCCAAGGCGCAGAUCGAGUACCAAGGCCUGGUGACGACGGAAGUGGAGAAGAUCAAGGCGGCCGUCCAGUGCUCCCAUCUUUGGGUAUUGUAGUUCCCGGCGCCCGAUAUUAUCGAUAAUAAUAAAUAAUAAUAAUAAUAAUAAUAAUAAUAAUAAUAAUAAUAGAUUUUAUUUAUAUCAUUAUUUCUAAUGGUAAAGAAGAAUAAAUUAAUAACGUAAAGAAGAAUGAUAAGAAAGAAGAAUAAAUUAAUAACAUAAAGAAUAAUGAUAAAGAAUAAAGAAGAAUAAGAAUAAGAAUAAGAAUUAAUCAUAAAGAAGAAGAAGAAUGCGGAAUAAAGAAUAAUAAUCAAUAAGAAGAAGAAGAAGGAAGAAAGAAUGAGAAUAAUAAAUAUUAUUAUUAAAGAAUAAAUAAAGAAAUAAAUAAAUAAAUAAAUAAAUAAAUAGAUAAUAAAAUAAUAAAAUAAAGAAGAAGAAGAAGAAGAAGAAGAAGAAAUAAUGAGAAUAAUAAGUAAAUAAUAAAAAAUAAAAAAUAAUUAAUAAUUAAUAAUUAAUAAUUAAUAACAUAAAGAAUAAUGAUAAAGAAUAAGGAAGAAUAAGAAUAAGAAUUAAGAAUAAAGAAGAAGAAGAAUGCGGAAUAAAGAAUAAUAAUAAAUAAGAAGAAGAAGAAAGAAAGAAUGAGAAUAAUAAAUAAAUAAUAAUAAAUAAUACCCUAAUAAUAAUAAAUAAUAAGCAGGAUAAGAAUCAGAAUAAAUAGAUAAAUAAGAAUGAGAACAAAAGUAAUAAAUAAUGAGAAUAAUAAAUAAAUAAUUAUUAUUAUUAAUAAUAAUAAUAAUGACAACAAAAACAAAUAAUAAUAAUAAUAAUAAUAAUAAUAAUAAUAAUAAUAAUAAUAAUACCCUAAGAAUUGGUUUCAAAUAACAAUAAAUAAUAAAUACUAAAUAAUAAUUGGUUGCAAAUAAUAAUAAGAUGAAUAAAAUUAAUAAUAAUAAUAAUAAUAAUAAUAAUAAUAAUAAUAAUAAUAAUAAUAUAAGAAGAAGAAGAAGAAUGGCUUCGGGGCCGUCGACCCGUCAAUAAUCAAUAAUCAAUAACCGCUUUCUUCUUCCCCCGCAGGACAUCGCCGGGCGCUUCCUGGCGCAGCGCAAGUCGGAGGAGGACCUGCGCCAGCAGAUCGCCGAGUGCGAGCGGCGCCGCCGGGAGCUCCAGUCCCGCCUCAAGGCUUUGGAACUGGAACGGGCCGAGCUGAAGUUCCACCGGGCGCCCGGGCGCCCUCAGGUACCGGGUUCGAGUCCGGUCAUGGGGCAGGGAGUUCCGAAGGUUUGCAGAAUCAAAACCGGGCGCUUCCCCCCGCAGCUUCCGGAAGCUGGCGGAGGAACUGGGCGCCGCCUUGGAGGAGGAGACCCGGCGCCUGGAGGAGGCGCGGCGCUACGUUUCCCAGAGCCAGGAGCUGCUGCUGCGCUUUGAGAACGGGGUCAACAACCUGGCGGUGCGGCUGUGCGGCGUCCAUGUGCCCGGGCAGGUAGGGAAACUACGGUUCCCAAAGGCGUCUCUGGGGUGGGGUGUUGGGAACUGUAGUUUGGGCGCGGAGGCGCCCGGUGAGCCAUACUAUAGUUCCCAGUGUGCAUACUAUAGUUCCCAGUGAGUUAGACUAUAGUUCCCAGUGUGCAUACUAUAGUUCCCAGUGAGUUAGACUAUAGUUCCCAGUGCGCAUACUAUAGUUCCCAGUGGGACAUACUAUAAUUCCCAGUGGGACAUACUAUGGUUCCCAUACUAUAGUUCCCAGUGCGCAUACUAUAGUUCCCAGUGUGCAUACUAUAGUUCCCAUACUAUAGUUCCCGGUGCGCAUACUAUAGUUCCCAGUGCACAUACUAUAGUUCCCAGUGUGUCUAGUAUAGUUCCCAGUGGGACAUACUAUAAUUCCCAGUGCGUCAUACUAUAGUUCCCAAAACUAUAUUUCCCAGUGGGACAUGCUAUAGUUCCCAGUGAGCCAUACUAUAGUUCCCAGUGGGACAUACUAUAGUUCCCAGUGCGCAUACUAUAGCUCCCAGUGGGACAUACUAUAAUUCCCAGUGCGUCAUACUAUAGUUCCCAGAACUAUAGUUCCCAGUGAGCCAUACUAUAGUUCCCAGUGUGCAUACUAUAGUUCCCAGUGAGCCAGUGUGCCCGGGCAGGUAGAAGAACUACAGUUCCCAAAGGCGUCUCUGGGGUGGGGUGUUGGGAACUGUAGUUUGGGCGCAGGCGCGCCCGGUGAGGCAUACUAUGGUUCCCAGUGUGCAUACUAUAGUUCCCAGUGUGCAUACUAUAGUUCCCAGUGAGCCAGUGUGCCCGGGCAGGUAGGGAAACUACGGUUCCCAAAGGCGUCUCUGGGGUGGGGUGUUGGGAACUGUAGUUUGGGCGCAGACGCACCCGGUGAGCCAUACUAUAGUUCCCAGUGAGCCAUACUAUAGUUCCCAGUGUGCAUACUAUAGUUCCCAGUGUGCAUACUAUAGUUCCCAUACUAUAGUUCCCAGUGAGCCAUACUAUGGUUCCCAGUUCUCCAUACUAUAGUUCCCAGUGGGAUAUACUAUAGUUCCCAGUGUGCAUACUAUAGUUCCCAUACUAUAGUUCCCAGUUCUCCAUACUAUAGUUCCCAGUGGGACAUACUAUAGUUCCCAGUGCGCAUACUCUAGUUCCCAGUGGGCUAUACUAUAGAUCCCAUACUAUAGUUCCCAGUGAGCCAUACUAUGGUUCCCAGUUCUCCAUACUAUAGUUCCCAGUGGGACAUACUAUAGUUCCCAGUGAGCCAUACUAUAGUUCCCAGUGUGCAUACUAUAGUUCCCAGUGUGUCUAGUAUAGUUCCCAGUGGGACAUACUAUAGUUCCCAGUGUGUCUAGUAUAGUUCCCAGUGAGCCAUACUAUAGUUCCCAGUGUGCAUACCAUGGUUCCCAGUGAGUCAUACUAUAGUUCCCAGUGGGACAUACUAUAGUUCCCAGUGUGUCUAGUAUAGUUCCCAGUGCGUCAUACUAUAGUUCCCAGUGAGUUUUCUAUAGUUCCCAGCGCUGCAUACUAUACUUCCCAGUGUGCAUACUAUAGUUCCCAGUGAGCCAUACUACAGUUCCCAAUGUGCAUACUAUGGUUCCCAGUGAGUCAUAGUAUAGCCCACAUACUAUAGUUCCCAGUAUGUCAUGCUGCGGUUCCCAGUGCUCUAUACUAUAGUUCCCAGUGAGCGAUAUUUUAGUUCCCAGCGCUCCAUGCUAUAGUUCCCAGGGAGGGAUACUAUAGUUCCCGGUGUGUCAUAGUAUAGUUCCCAGUGAGCCAUACUAUAGUUCCCAGUGGGACAUACUAUAGUUCCCAGUGUGUCUAGUAUAGUUCCCAGUGAGCCAUACUAUAGUUCCCAGUGUGCAUACUUUAGUUCCCAGUGAGCCAGUGUGCCCGGGCAGGUGGGAAAACUACAGUUCCCAAAGGCGUCUCUGGGGUGGGGUGUUGGGAACUGUAGUUUGGGCGCAGGCGCUCCCGGUGAGGCAUACUAUAGUUCCCAGUGUGCAUACUAUAGUUCCCAGUGAGUUUUCUAUAGUUCCCAGUGGGACAUACUAUAGUUCCCAGUGUGUCUAGUAUAGUUCCCAGUGAGCCAUACAAUAGUUCCCAGUGAGCCAUACUAUAGUUCCCAUACUAUAGUUCCCAGUGAGCCAUACUGUAGUUCCCAGUGAGCCAUACUAUAGUUCCCAUACUAUAGUUCCCAGUGAGCCAUACUAUAGUUCCCAGUGAGCCAUACUAUAGUUCCCAUACUAUAGUUCCCAGUGAGCCAUACUAUAGUUCCCAGUGGGCUAUACUAUAGUUCCCAUACUAUAGUUCCCAGUGAGCCAUACUAUGGUUCCCAGUGAGUUUUCUAUAGUUCCCAGUGCUCCAUACUAUAGUUCCCUGUGGGACAUACUAUAGUUCCCAGUGAGCCAUACUAUAGUUCCCAGUGUGCAUACUAUGGUU